GACUUUGACUUAGCUCUGUCGCUCGGAGGCACCUGGGCGUAGCUCAGCCAAAAGGGAGACGAGCCGGUUCCUGGAGCAGAUGUUUGCCUCGCCUGCUCACCACACUUAUAAGCCAGGCUCCCGGGUUCUUCCCGAAGUUUUUCCCAGCUUCUAUUUGCCCCGAUCUCCCGAGGGUUCAAACUUGGGCAGGAUGGAACAAGUAGGGAUCUUCUCCUCCAAGCCGACCGAACCAGUUAUCUACAAAGUCAAAGUGACGACCGGGCAAGGUCUCCUAACUGGGACCUUUGACUCCAUUUCCAUCACCUUGGUGGGGACCAACGGAGAGAGCCCCAAGCAGCUUCUGAACCGGGUCGGAACCAGUUGUGCCGAGGGAUCGGUGGAGGAGCACGAAGUCUUUUGUGACCAUGAUCUGGGCCCAAUCCUACUGAUCCACCUGCACAAGGACCCUUACUCCUUCUUCCCCGAGAACAGCUGGUACUGCAGUGCUGUCGAGGUGACGUCUCCGCACGGUGAGGUCUAUCGCUUCCCCUGUUACCAGUGGAUAGAGGGUUACUGCACCAAGUCCUUCAGAGAAGGAGCAGCCAAAACUCCAGCGGACGACACUCAUUAUCUGCAGCGGAGGCACCGCCGUGAGGAGCUGGUGCUAAGUCAUACAAAAUAUGGGUGGAAGGAAUACAUCCCGGGAACUCCGUAUUGUGCCGAUAUCGACACGGCCCAGACGAUGGAGUACAAUAUCCAGUACUCUUUCCCCAAAUCCACUGCCUUUUUCGGACGUGGGACGCUCGCGCUGUUUGAGGCCAAAAUGAAGGGCUUCCUGGACAAACCUUACUCCUGGGAGAAGCUUGAGGACAUCCGCAAGGUGUUUUGGUUCUACCACACCCCUGCCUCAGAGUAUGUGUACAGGCACUGGAAAGAUGACGAUUUCUUCGGCUACCAGUUUCUGAAUGGAAUGAACCCUGUGUUGAUCCGGAAAUGCACAAAGAUCCCGGAAAACUUCCCUGUGACCCAGGAGAUGGUGGCCGGGCCUUUGGGAGAAUACACCACCCUCAAGGAAGAGUUGGAGAAAGGAACCAUCUACCUAGCAGAUUACAAGUUGCUGGAGGAUAUCCCUACUAUCCUGGUGAACGGCAAAGAGCAAUACAUAGCUGCCCCUCUGUGUUUGCUCCACCAAAAGCCUUGCGGAAAAGUCGUUCCUCUAGCCAUCCAGUUGAGCCAACGCCCAGGUCCCCAAAGCCCCAUUUUCUUGCCCACCGACGAAGAGUGGAUCUGGACCUUAGCCAAGACCUGGGUGCGAAACUCCGAAUUCCACAUGCACGAGGUGAACACCCACCUGCUCCGUGGACAUCUGAUGGCGGAAGUCUUUGCGGUGUCAACGCUGAGGCAGCUCCCCAUGUGUCACCCCCUGUACAAGCUUCUGAUUCCUCACCUCCGUUAUUCCAUCCAUAUCAACGUGCUGGCCAGAACCCACCUUAUCAGCCAAGGAGGUACCUUUGACCGGGCCAUAGCGACCGGGCGCCGAGGGUUGGCUGUGCUUCUUAAAAAGUGUUUGGACAACCUGACCUACACGGAUCUGUGCCUCCCCGAGGACAUCGAGGCCCGAGGAGUCGGCUCGCUUGCCGAUUACUACUACAGGGACGACGGGCUGAAGAUAUGGGAUGCCAUCGAGAGCUUCGUCUCUGGCAUCGUGGAACUUUACUACAAAAGCAACUUGUCUGUCCAGAGAGAUUACGAGCUUCAGGCCUGGAUCUGCGACAUCUUCACAAAGGGCUUUCUGUCCAAGCGGUCGUCAGGCAUCCCUUCCUCCAUCCGCUCUGUUCCGGAACUCAUCAAGUUUCUGACCAUGGCGAUCUUCACGUGCUCAGCCCAUCACGCAGCUGUAAACAGUGGGCAGUUUGAACUGGGUGCCUUCAUGCCCAACUUGCCGUCGUCCAUGAGGAAACCUCCGCCUGACGUUAAAGCCCCAGUGACGCUGAAGGAGUACCUGGACACCAUCCCCGAGAUGAACACCACCAGCCAAGUCCUCGCCGUCAUCUGGGUCUUGCGGAAUGAGGAUUUUGACAUGAAACCUCUGGGGCAAUACGACGACGAGCACUUUGUCGAGGAGGAACCGAAGCAGCUCAUCACGGCUUUUCAAGAGCGCCUGGCACACAUUUCCCAGGAAAUCAAGAGCAGGAACAAGUCAAUGCCGCUUCCUUACACCUACCUCUGCCCAGACAACAUAGAGAACAGCACUUGCAUUUAGAAACCUGCUUUUGCAGAGCAGCGCACGCUUCCAGACCAUACUGACCAUGCUGCGGCGCAGCCUUCCUCAACCUGGCGCCCUCCGGGUGCUCGAUACUACAACUCCCACCAGCCCCCAGUCCAAAACAUCCGGAGGGCGCCCGGUUGGGGGAAGGCUACUUUUGAGUUACUCUUUAUGGAGAAAUGGAAGUGCAGCCCCACAUCGCUAGAGAUUUCUUUGAGCGCAGCAGGCUAGGGCCUGCGAUUGUAAACACAGGACAGGACAGGAAUUCUGCAGCAGGCAGGCUCGGGCUGGCAGCAUGCAACUUGAAGAUUCGCAGAACCCUAAAAAAGAAA